AUGGACCCGUCCGCAAUGUCUCGGCCCCCGCCUCCCAAAAUGUACAGUCUGUUCAAGCGACGACCACCUCCAACUGCUGCACCACCUGUUGCUGCUCAAGGCGUAGAGAAAGCGGCCGAUCCGGCUCAGCCCCAGCCUCAGCCCCAGCCUCCACCAGUCUCAAUCGGGACCCCUGUAACUCCGCCAUUGCAGCCGAGUCAUCAAACCAACGUGGCCCAGCACCUCAGCAUGGUCAAGGCGAGCAAGGAUCCACGCGACAAGCUGGCCAAUAAGGCCCUCAAUACGGAGCGCUUGAAGGCGUUGACAGCUCGAGGCGACGAGCAGGACGAUGAUGACGACGUGGUGAUCGUAGCAGUGCCAGGGUCGGGUCCAGCAUCUACGUCUAAUGCUUCCAACACCAGCAAACCCGCAGCUUCGAGGCCAAUCUUUGACCGUGCAGGCCGUUCAAAUACCACGCCGCUCGCACUCUCGCGCACUCCCUCAGCUUCCGCGAGUGCUGUCCCCGUACUCGUCAUCCCCGACUCUCCUCCACCGAAAGCGAAGUCCACUUUUCAGCCACUGGGAGAAAUGUACAGAGCAAAGCGACUUCAGAGGAAGCUCAAUGAGCCCGUCGAGGCGCGUUGGCCCAACUCGGAGGAACAAGGUCAUUUUUUCCAACUUGGUUCGACCCGCCUAUCUGGGCAGUAUCUCAGUCGAGAUCCCAGCUGGAUGGCCCGAUGGUCGUCAUCAUCCUCGGGCAAAGGCAAAGCCAUUGAUCGCGGGUCUGGUUCAACGUACUUUGACGCUUUUGGCGCCUCCGUCUUUGCCGAAAGACUUUCACAAGGCCGGCCGAUGAACUUGCCUCAACGCAUACAGCGCCCCCUUGCUGAAGUUUCUUCGCUGGUAUCGAAACGCCAUACGCAUCCUCUCCUUGUGCGAAUCGCUGCACCCUUUCGGGCUGCAUCUCCCAACAAAGCCGAUUUUGAGCGACCCGGGGAGGGCUCUUCGACCGUCGAUAGGAAGGACAAUUGGGCGGUCAAGUAUGCUCCACAGGCAGCGAACGAGGUUCUGGGAUCGACCAGUGGGUCGAGUGCGCUGAAACUCAAAGCUUGGCUGCAAGAGGUCAAAGUCUCGGGUCAGUUCAGACUCGAGCGCCACUUGGCUUCUCACGUCUCCCCUAGUCGACCACUGACAGCCUCUCGAGUUGAUGUCUCGGAUGCGCAGCCCAAAGUGGCAACAACAAGCGCGGUCGACAGAUCCAGCGUGGGGUCAGGAUCAAGAAAAAGCGACGCCAAGGAUACGGCAGCGCCACUGAUCUUGAUGACUUUGUCGCCUCGGACAACGAAGAAGUCGACUACGAGGGUCUCGACUGUGACGAUGAUGACGGUGGUGUUGAGGAGCUCAGUCCGAGCUCCGGGUGGUUUCCUUCCCUGAGCAACCUCAUCUUGCUCGCCGGUUCCAACGGGUCGGGCAAGACUGCCACCGUGCAUGCCGUUGCGAAUGAGUUGGGGUGGGAGGUCUUCGAAGUCUACCCGGGAAUUGGCAAGCGCACGGCCAAAGACAUUGAGAAAUUGGUCGGUGACGUGGGUCGCAAUCAUACGGUUCGGGCGGGUGGGGUGUCUUCGCCGAGGAAACCAAGCGCCGCUGCUACUGGCGGUCUGUUUUCCAUGUUUGCUAAACAGAGUGCCAAGAGCCAGCCGACUGCUUCUUCGUCACGGAUCGACAGCGCAAAAGCCAAGGAGCUGGCCGAAACAGCCGAGUCAAACGCGCACCAGUCUCUGAUCCUGUUCGAGGAAGUGGACGUUCUCUACCGCGAUGAGAAAGAUUUCUGGUCGGGUCUAGUCCACUUAGCGACCACGUCCCGUCGACCCAUCAUUCUCACCUGUACCGACAUGUCAUGCAUCCCCUUUUCCGAUAUCGGGCUACAAACUAUCAAUACCGGACGCUCCGACCACACCGAGGCGUGGCUUCCCUUUGCCCCUCCCGAGCCAGAACUCGCCGCCGCCUUUCUGAACCUCGUCGCUCUAGCCGAGGGGCACAUAGUGACAGAAUACGCCGCACACCGACUUUAUGUCGACAUUUCGCCGGCACCAAAUCUGCCUGACUUUGUCACGAAUGGAUUCGCCGAUCCUCUUCCGCAUCCGUACCCGACCGAUUCGCGCGUCGAGACGACGGCUCCGAUCCCAGAUCUUCGACGCUCGCUGAUGCAGCUGCAAUUCGAGUGUCAAUGGGGAGUAGGUGAUCCGAGUGGCAUCGGUUGGAUGGAUUUUGAGCCAGGCAGAGAGGCAAGGACGAACUGGAGCUUCCGUACGCUCAACGAAGAACGGGACCGAGACUGGUACGGAUCCGACCUCAAUCUUGGGAUCCUCAGGUCGGUGGGCGAUCCGUUGGAGAGCUACGCCACCGCGAUGGAGGCGCGAUCCUUUGUCGAUGCAUUCGUCUCUCGUCGACCAGCCGUAGCCCUUGAGGUGGGUCAAGCUGAAGGCUUUUCAUACUUGUAGGAGUCCGAACUGAAUCAGCCUUUUGCAUCACUUCUAAGGACUAUGACGCUCCUCCGAUACAGUGGGCGAGCGGUGAGAUGCUCGAAGGCCCUUCAAUCCCCUCCGUGGCUCCCCAACUACCUCAUCAACUCGCAUCAUCUAGCAAUCUCGAACAAGCCUUCUCCAACACCGUCGAGUGCAUCAUCGCGUGCUUGUCGAACGGCGUUUCUUACCCAUCGAAUGAGGAACUACGCACAAGCCGGCUGUCCGCCAUCUCCGAGGCAGCCAGCGUCUUAAUCCCCUUAGCGAUCGUCGACGCCCCUGCCCCGAUCCUACCCUCCCCACGGAUCUUCAUCGACUACCUCCCCUAUAUUCGACAAAUCACUGCAAACGAGGACCUCCUAGAAGCUCUGCAGGGUCAAGACCACGUUGCGCUCAUGGGGCGACGAUCAACGAGGAGUUCGAGGGCCGCACAGAGACGACCCCGAAGGCUUGGAUGGAGUGAAGAGAAUGUUGAAACGAUUCGCAAGGGUGGCUUCGAGGGGAUUGAGCAGGACCGAUGGCCAGAAAUACAGUGGGAGGACGAGGAUGAUCCGAUUGAGGAUGCUGCUCCUUCUACCGCGGUCGACGAGGAGCAGGAGGAACUUGCCGCGCAUUCUAGUCAGAUCAGCGAGAGUCAAUAG